GGGGCGGGGCUCGGCGGGCGGACUCGGCCGUUCUCCCGCCGGCUGCGCGGCGCCGGCUCCUCGUCCUCCCGGGCUCGGCCGCCGGGGUCGGGCUGCUCGUCCUCCCAGGCGCGGGCCGGGCUCGGCCGCCGGGUCGGCGGGUCUGCGGUCCGCGCGAGCGUCCGUCCUGGGCGGCCCGGCCGCGGCUCCGGGAAGCGCGGUGGGAGCGCGGGGCGCCCGGCGCCGCUGCGCGCAUGGCGGCCAUCCAGGCGCUGCAGCAGUGGUGCCGGCAGCAGUGCGAGGGCUACCGGGACGUGAGCAUCACCAACAUGACCACGUCGUUCCGCGACGGCCUGGCCUUCUGCGCCAUCCUGCACCGCCACCGGCCCGACCUCAUAAACUUCGAUGCUCUCAGGAAGGAAAACAUUUACGAGAACAACAAACUGGCCUUCCGCGUGGCAGAGGAGCAGUUGGGCAUCCCGGCCCUGCUGGAUGCCGAGGACAUGGUGGCCCUGAAGGUGCCCGACCGGCUGAGCAUCCUGACCUACGUGUCUCAAUACUACAAUUACUUCCACGGGCGCUCCCCCAUUGGGGGCAUGGCCGGUGUGAAGAGGCCUCCAUCUGGCUCUGAUGAGGAACCGAAGGGGAAGAAGGCCCCGUCCCAGCCCGCCAGGCCCUCGCCCACCCCAGCCUGGGGGCAGCCGCUGUCUCCAGUUCGUACAAACCCCAUCGUCCAGCAGAAGGAUGGCGGUGCCAAGGGGACCCCCCCAAAGGCUGGCCAGGCCUCGGUGGGCAGCUCCGUCAGCAGCAUCUGUGGGGUCUGCGGCCAGUACGUGCACCUCGUGCAGCGACACCUGGCUGACGGGAAGCUCUACCAUCGUAGCUGCUUCAGGUGUCAGCAGUGCUCCAACACGCUGCACUCGGGGGCCUACAGGGCCACAGGAGAGCCCAGCGUCUUCGUCUGCUCCAGCCAUCAGCCCAAAGCCCCCUCUGCUAGCCCCAAGUUGCCGGGCUGGGCCCCCAGACCGCCAGGGGCCACCCCUGUGGACUCCAAGCCCCCCAGCGCCCCGCGGAAGGCCCAGGAGGCGAGCGGGCAGAAGGAGGCGGAGCCUAAGGCCAGGCCAGCAACCUGGGAGCCUGUGGUGGGCAACUCGACUGCCAAAGGUUUCGCUCCAGCCGCAGCUGACCCUCCGGCCACCACCUCCUCCCACGCCCCGGGGGGGAGCCCAGCCGGGUCCCGGCCCUCAGCAGGCCUGCUGGGCGGCAAAGCCAGCACGCGCGUGACCAACAGCUCCCCGACAGGGUGGUCAUCGCCGGCACGGGGCCCGGUGACCGUCAGCCCCCGUCCUGCCCCGACCUCGAGUGCCCCGGACCCUCGCUCGGCCACCCCACCAAGCCGGGCAACCCCCCACGUGGCAGCCCCCCAGACCAAGCUCAGUUCCAGCCCAGCAUCUCCGGGCCCCGCGGAGGCCCCUGCCUGGACCCCGGCAGCCUCCAGGACCCAGCAGGCCCGGGAGCGCUUCUUCCAGGCGCCUGGAGCCGCGCCCAGCCCCGGCCCCGCUGCCAGGGCCCCGGCUCCCGCGGCCACGCCGCCUGGGGACAGCAGCAGGGAGCAGGCGCGGAGCUUCCUCCGGAAGACCCUGCCGGGGCUCGGGGAGGCUGGCACCCCGGCACCCCGCAGGCCCUCCCCAACUACCUCCCCUGCUCUGAAUUCCCAUCCCAGAACUGAAGGACCACGAGCAAGUCCAUCCACCAAGCUGUCACCAUCACCAUCUCCUCAGGUCCACCCCCCUUCAAGGACUGAGCCGCCAGCCCCCCUGAGUGUGAGCACCACCUCAUGGGCAUCGACGCCGCCCCAGCUGGGCAGGAAGAGCUCAGCUGUGUCCUCAGAGGUCAGCAGGGUGGGUGCUGGCUCCAGGCUGAAGCCGGAGGCCCCACCGGCAAAGGGCCCGAGUGCCAGCCCCCAGGAAGGCCAGGAGGAUGGGCCGGCAGGAUGGAGGGCCCGCCUGAAGCCCGUGGAGAAGAAGGACCGCACUGAGAGGGCCCUGGAGCCAAAGGAGCCUCGGGUCCCAGGGGAGCCUCUGGUGGGCAAUGCCCCCCGGAAGGUCUCUGGUGGCUCAGAGGGGGGCGUCCGCAUCACCCUGACCCCUGUGCAGCCUCAAAGGACGCCGAGCCCGCCCCGCCCCGGACCUGGCCUCUCAGCUGCAUCCCCCUCCCUGUCCCCGUCCCCGUCCCGACGCAGGAAGCUGGCCGUCCCUGCCAGCCUGGACGUUUCUGACAACUGGCUUCGGCCCGAGCCGUCGGGGCAGGAAGGCCCAGCCUGGAGCCAGAAGGAGGAGGAGAAGCCCCCUCACAGCAAACCAGGGAGGCCCCCGGCUCCGGCGAGUGUCUCCGCUCCACAUGGCAAGGCAGUGACCUCCCCCGUCAGGCUGCACCCUGACUUCGUGCCCCCGGAAGAGAUCCAGCGGCAGGUGCAGGACAUUGAGCGGCAGCUGGACGCCCUGGAGCUCAGGGGCGUGGAGCUGGAGAAGCGCCUGCGGGCCGCCGAGGGGGACGCCUCGGAGGACGCGCUCAUGGUGGACUGGUUCCGGCUCAUUCACGAGAAGCAGCUGCUGCUGCGGCUGGAGUCAGAGCUGAUGUACAAGGCCAGGGAGCAGCGCCUGGAGGAGCAGCAGCUGGACAUCGAGGGGGAGCUGCGCCGGCUGAUGGCCAAGCCCGAGGGUCUGAAGUCACCCCAGGACCGGCGACGGGAGCAGGAGCUGCUGAACCAGUACGUGGACACGGUGAAUGACCGCAGCGACAUCAUUGACUCCCUGGACGAGGACCGGCUCAGAGAGCGGGAGGAGGACGAGGUGCUCCAGAACAUGAUCCAGAAGCUGGACCUGCAGAGAAGCGGCGGGUCCCAGAGGAAGAAACCGAGGUUCCGUCUGUCCAGCAUCUGGUCCCCGAGGAGCAGAAGCAGGACCCCCGAGUGAGCCGCCGCAGGACCCCCGCCUGGCUGAGCAGGGCGCACCGAGGGGCGGGGCCGGGCCGUGGGGACCGCACACCCUCUCUGCGGGCCCGAGUGGCCCUAAUAAAGAGACUCUGCUCGUG